UCAGCGCGCAGUGGCGCUGUGUGUAUAUAUAACACACACAUUCUCGGUCUGGGUACUCAACUCUGAGUCUUUAAUUUUUUACUGUUAGGCAUCCACACCAACAACCAUGUCUGAAUCCGUACCUGCUGCGCCUCCUGUUACUUCUGCGGAAAAGACGCCUGUGAAGAAGAAGGCUCGCAAGUCUGCUGGUGCCGUGAAGCGCAAGGCGUCCAGGCCCCCGGUGUCCGAGCUCAUCAUCAAGGCUGUCGGCGAUUCCAAGGAGCGCAGCGGCGUGUCCCUGGCUGCGCUCAAGAAGGCGCUGGCAGCUGGCGGCUACGACGUGGAGAAGAACAACAGUCGGAUCAAGCUGGGUCUCAAGAGCCUGGUGAGUAAGGGCACCCUGGUGCAGACCAAGGGCACUGGCGCCUCGGGCUCUUUCAAGCUCAACAAGAAGUCGGCCACCGGGGAAGCCAAGCCCAAAGCCAAGAAAGCGAGCGCGACCAACCCCAAGAAGGCUACUGGGGCAAAGAAGCCCAAGAAGGCCACAGGCGCUGCCAGUCCGAAAAAAACCGCUAAGCAGACCCCGAAGGCAAAGAAACCAUUAGCAGGUACCGGGGCCAAGAAAGUGGUCAAGAGCCCGAAAAAGGUGAAGACAGCCAAACCGAAGAUGGCCAAGAGUCCAGCCAAGGCCAGAAUUCAUAAGCACAAGGUAGCCAAGCUUAAAGCGGUCAAGCCAAAAAAGGCGACCCCCAAAAAGAAGUAAGAAAAAAAGACUUGAGUACCUUAAAGGCUCUUUUCAGAGCCACCCAAUUAAUCUUAAAGAACUUGUAACACCAUUUUUGCCAGAGGCGGAGGUUGGGAGGAGCAGUUUUAUUUCCUCGCUCGGAAUGGAGGUCCCAGUGCACAGGAAUCUUUCACAGAAAAGGUGGUUGGCUCUGAAAAGAGCCUUUGGGUUUUUCAGAGGUUGGCACUUAAUCGGGAGAAACAAAUCUACGCCCUUUCCCCGCGGAUGCGACGGGCGAGCUGGAUGUCCUUGGGCAUGAUGGUGACGCGCUUGGCGUGGAUGGCACACAGGUUGGUGUCCUCGAAGAGCCCCACCAGGUAGGCCUCGCACGCCUCCUGCAGCGCCAUCACAGCCGAGCUCUGGAAGCGCAGGUCGGUCUUGAAGUCCUGCGCGAUCUCGCGCACCAGGCGCUGGAACGGCAGCUUGCGGAUCAGCAGCUCCGUGGACUUCUGGUAGCGGCGGAUCUCGCGCAGGGCCA